AUGAAAAAGGGGUAUUUUCCUUAUUUUUAUAAUCCGUGUUGUGCAAAUUUUUUUAUAUUUUUUUCAUUGAUGAAUGUGACAGAUUACAGAUGGCGGGUUUUGCGUGUAGGCGAACUAAGUUUUAAUUAUUUAUUGAUUCCAUUGCUGCUUCAUAGUUCUGUUAUUUAUAUUUAUAGCUUUGAUUUCCUCGAUUUUUUUUUCAAUAAAAACCAAUCAUUUUUUUCGUUUUAUUUAUUGGUUUCUGCAUUGAUAGAUUAA